GUUUCUGUAGGUACGAAAGAAAACCCUAUUUGCGCGGCAUCUCUCUCGUCUUCCUUUACUCCGUCAAAACCAUGUUUCUAAGUCAGUGCCGGAGCUGUAAACCUUUGCUCGAGUCUCGUAUACCUUUGCUCCGCCUCUCUCUCUCUAAAUGUCUCGAUCAGUCCUUCAAAACCACGGCUAGUAGCGAAUACGGUAGUAAGAUCCCUGAUGCUCUUCUGGGACAUCGAAGACUGGAAGAUCAUAAGGCAAGCGUCUUCUGGGACGUGGAGGACUACAAGAUCCCUGAUGGUCUCAGUGCUGGUGAGGUUUCGAAGAACAUCAAUACGGCUUUUGCGAAAAUGGGAUAUCCUGGUACGGUCUCAAUCAAGGCUUAUGCUGAUGAGACGAAUCAGAGGAUCCAGGAUAAGGAGUUUCACUCCGCCGGUAUCGAGCUCAAGCGCGUACCAGAAGGCUUGAAAGGAAAGGAUCAUUCGAGAGAUAUAGCUGUUUUAACUGGCAUGGGGGUGUGGAUUACUGUCAAUCGUGAUGUAUCAUCAUCGAUAAUGCUAAUCUCAGAUAGCAUCUACGGUUUUGCUGUAGACGAGUUUAAGAAGGUGAAUCAUUAUGUUCUUUGGAAAAAACUAUCAGCUAAGGGCAAGCCUAUCGCCCAGACCAGAAGAUACUCUAAACGUUGAGACCAGAUAUACUUGGUUCUCUCCAUGCUAAUUGUUGGGUUUUGAAUAAGUCAAUCACUAAGUCAAGUCUUAGCUUGUUUUUAGGAACUGAUUGAGUUUUCUUGUUUUGAGUUUGUUUCGUUUUUCAGUUCCGUUUCUUAUUCCUUAGUUUUCGUAUUCACGUUGUAAGGCUCUUAUAAAAGCCAAUUUCAGUCUAAUGAAUUAAACACGAAUCAUUCAG